AUGUCGUCUCGUCUCGACAAAGCAAUGCAACACAUGUCACUGGAGGAGGAAGAAGAUAAGCCUUUUGUACUACCGGACCGGCCGGAGUUUUACUCUACGGAGAGAAAUGCUAUGAGUCUUGUGGGUCGUCUGUUGAACCCGCAAUGUCAGAAGAUGGAGGAUCUAAUCCGUGAGAUUCCAAGAAAAUGGCAACUCUAUGACAGAGUGAAGGGAGUGGGGCUGUCGAAGGAAAGAUUUCAGUUCAUCUUCAAACAUGAACAUGAUUUGUUGGAUAUCUUGAACAUAGGUGUCCAUACCUUCGAUAAGUGGUCGAUUGUGUUGGAGAGGUGGGUGGAGAAACCACCCGAAGAUCAUCUGCAAUAUCUGAUGGUGUGGCUGCAAAUGAGGAACAUCCCAAUCAAUCAUUAUACUCCAGGAACUAUAUCGUCUCUGGGGGGCUUUGCAGGGCAAGUUGUUGAUGUUCCUUUCGACCGGGAGAAGGCUCAGUACAAAGAUUAUGUGAGAGUCUUAGUGAAGUUUGAUGUAUCUAAGCCGCUGAGAAGAUCUAAGAAGCUCACACUUCCGAGCGGAGAGGUGGUUAACAUCCUAUAUGAUUAUGAACGGUUGCAAAAGAGAUGCUACACGUGCCAAAGACUUACCCACGAGCAAUCCCAUUGCCCGUUUGUUGUGGAGAGCAAACAAGGAGGAGCUUAG